GGCUGCCCAAAGUAAGUGCGAAGGGGCGCGUUCUUAGUCCUGCUCUCCUGCCGCGUUCUCCGCCUCCACCAUGCAUUCGACGACACAAGCCGAUCACCUCGCUGUACUCGUCCACGGACUGUGGGGAAAACCCGUUCAUCUGGACUUUGUUCGCGACACGCUCCGGGAUCAGUGUUCAGAAGACCGCCUACAUAUCUUGGUUGUCAAGAGCAUAACCGACAACAAGACGUACGAUGGCAUCGAAGUGGGCGGCGAACGCGUCGCGAACGAGAUCGAGGAGAAGAUUGCGGAGCUAGAAGCAGACGGCACGAGGAUACGCAAGAUCAGUAUCACUGGAUAUAGUCUAGGCGGCCUGAUCUCUCGAUAUGUGAUCGGCGUAUUGUACGGCAAUGGUCUCUUCGACCGGAUACAACCUGUCAAUUUCAGCACGUUUGCGACACCACAUCUCGGCGUGCGAACCCCAAAGCGAGGAGCCCGAUCAUACCUGUUCAACGUACUAGGCGCCAAGACAUUAAGUACAAGCGGACAGCAAAUGUUCCUUGUCGACAGCUUUCGAGAUACGAAACGACCUUUGCUAUCCGUCAUGGCGGACCCCAACUCCGUGUUUAUGAAAGGGCUGGGCAAGUUCAAGAACAAGUGGAUCUAUGCAAAUACGAUCAACGACCGAAGUGUACCAUUCUACACUUCCAAUAUCUCUCGAACCGAUCCAUUCGUCGACUUAAAUACAAUCGAAUUACAUUAUGCCGACGACCAACCGCCUCCAGGCGAAGUGAUCCUCGAUUCAUCCCACCCUGUUUCGACACGCAGAAGUCCAUGGGAGGACAUGUCUACCUUUGAACGAAUACGCACCGCGCCUCGACAAACACUCAAAGCUCUGCCAUUCUAUUUGGUGUUCUUCACAUUACUCCCCAUCGCCUUGCCGGCUUUCCUCCUCAAUGCCGGCUACCAAACCUACCAAUCUGCGCAACGAAUCCGACUCCACGAAUCAGGGAAAGUCUUCAAACUCGACAAAUAUCGUGUGAAACUCCUUGAGGAGGCUGAAGCAGCCGCUGACCACGCCUACGAACGUAUCGCAAAUACAUCUCAAGAAGAGUACCUCCCGACGCCGCCUCCGGAACCUGUCAGCGACAAGACUUCUUCCAGCACUGAACAGGAAGACGACGAUGUCAAACUCAGCAAAAGAGAGAGCAGAAGGGAGAAAAGCCACGACUUCCCGAUCUUAGCUUUGACACAGGACCAAUUCGAUAUGAUUGCGAAUCUGGAUAAAUUAGGAUUCGACAAGUUCCCCGUGCACAUCCAGAAAGUCAGACAUACGCAUGCGGCGAUUGUUGUCAGGACGCAAAAGCCACUUUCUGGGAAAGACAGCUUUUAUGAGGGGAAGAUUGUAGUGAAGCACUGGGCAGAAAGGUUUGAGGUAUGAGAGCAUCUGGAGUUGCGUCAGUAUCAUGGGAAAUGAGCACGUCGGAAUGAGCAGGCCAGAGUUGCGGAAUGAAUAGUAGACUUCAAGUCACAGGGGACAACAGGACUGAACGGGGGACUCGCAUCGCCUCCACUCACAUUGGGAGCAGGAACAGGGCACAUGCACAGACUCGAGUCGUAACAGUGCGAAGGGACCUCCCUGCCGUUUAUCUUAAGGAGAACGCCAACAGAGGGCACGAAGUUAGAGAUAGAAGAGGAAGAGAUUAGACCAAAUGCGAGC